AAAGUUUACUCUCUGCUCUCAAUAUUGCUCUUGUUUCUUGCUCUUUUCUCAAUGAAUUUGCUGGAAUUCAUCAAGUUUGAGCUGGAAAUCAACAAUCCCUCACGGAUUCACUGAAAGAUUUCUUGAAAAGAUGUGUGUUGUGGGGUUCGAUCUUGGGAAUGAGAACUGCGCUGUUGUCGUGGCACGACAGCAGUGCGGCAUUGAUGUUGUUCUUAAUGAUGAAUCUAAGUGCGAGACCCCUGCCGUUGUGUGCUUUGAUGAGAAGCAGAGGUUCAUCGGUACAUUGGGGGCUGUACAAUCGAUGAUGAAUCCUAAGAACUCUGUGUCUCAGAUCAAGAGGCUUAUUGGGCGGAAGUUUUCUGAUCCUGAGCUCCAGCGUGAUCUUCAGUCAUUGCCUUAUUUGGUGACUGAAGGGCCAGAUGGGUUCCCAUUGAUCCAUGUGAAGUAUCUUGGUGAGCAGAGGACUUUCACUCCUACUCAAGUGCUCGGAAUGGUUCUCUCGCACCUGAAAGGGAUAGCUAAGAAGAAUUAUAAAGAGUUAGUUGCGUUUUGCUGCAUUGGGAUCCCAAUGUAUUUCAAUGAACUCCAGAGGAGAGCCGUUCUCGAUGCUGUUUCUGUUGCAGGGGGUGGGUUGAUUACUAUGCAGCUGAUCCAUGAGACAACGGCCACUGCUUUGGCUUAUGGUAUCUACAAGACAGACCUGUCUGAGAAUGACCAGCUCAAUGUUGCAUUUGUUGAUGUUGGCCAUGCAAGCAUGCAGGUCUGUAUUGCAGGCUUCAAGAAAGGGCAAUUAACAAUCUUAUCACAGGCGUAUGAUCGAUCUCUUGGUGGGAGGGAUUUUGAUGACGCUCUUUUCAAGCACUUUGCGCAUGAGUUCAGGUAUAGAUACAAGAUUGACGUGUAUCAGAGUGUUCGUGCAUCUCUCAGGUUGCGUGUUGCAUGUGAGAAAUUAAAAAAGACACUGAGUGCAUAUACUGAGGGAAUACUAAACAUUGAGUGGUUGAUGGAUGGGAAGGAUGUUAAGGUUUUCAUUAAGAGAGAAGAGUUCGAGCAGAUCAGUAUGCCAAUACUGGAGCGUGUGAAAGCCCCACUAGAGAAGGCACUUCUGGAUGCUGGGUUAACUGUACAAAACAUUCACUCAGUUGAGGUUGUUGGAUCAGGUUCCCGGGUGCCAGCAAUUAUCAGGAUAUUGGCAGAGUUCUUUAGCAAAGAGCCUAGACACACUAUGAAUGCAAGUGAGUGCGUUGCCCGUGGCUGUGCCCUUCAGUGCGGUAUUCUCACCCUUAAAUUCAAAGUGCGCGAGUUUCUGGUUUAUGAGGAUUUACCUUUCUCAAUUGCCAUGUCUUGGAAAGGAGCUGCCCCUGAUGCACAAAAUGGUGCUCCAGAUCAGCAGCAAACUAUUAUUGUAUUUCCUAAAGGCAAUAAAAUUUCCGAUGCCAAAGAUUUGACAUUUUUCAGAUCUAGCACAUUCUCAGUUGAUUUUCUGUACACUGAUGUGGCCGAUCAGCAAAUACCAGCAAAGAUCAGCACAUAUACAAUUGGUCCUUUUCAACCCACUAAAGGUGAACCAGCUAAAUUGAGAGUAACUGUCGUUUUGACUGAUGGAGUUGUUUCUGUUGAUUCAGCAACUAUGCUAGAAGAGGAAGAAGUUGAAAUACCAGUAUCAGCGACAAAAAAGCCGCUGAAAGAAUAUACUAAGAUGGAUGUAGAUGAAUCCUCUAUCGGCGAAACAGAUGUGAGUAUGCAGGAUUUUAAACCGCAAGCUGAUAGUUCUGGUGUUGGGUCUGAAAAUGGAGCAACUGAUUCAGCUGACAAGCCUGUCCAGAUGGAUACUGAUGCCAAGGUUGAGGUUCACAAAAGGAAGGCUAAGGAAAUCAAUGUUUCAGUGUCUGAGAUAGUGCAUGGAGGAAUGACAUACUUAGAGUUGUUGAAGGCAGAGCAUGAGGAGUCUAAGAUGGCUUCCCUUGAUAGAGCAUUGGAAAAAAGCAAAUAUUAACCAAGUAAUUACAACAUUUUUGAAUUACAAUUUGAAAUAUAGUAUUUUCAUUUGCACUUUAUUUGAUUUACACAGUUAUUUUACUUACUUUCCUUUUCUCAAACUAGGUCCGUUUUUUA